AAACUUCAUCUAACGAACAAGUCGUGUUCAUCGAAAGAUUUCCGAAUUUUCAUUUAAAAAUCUGUGAAAUCCUCGCAACCAUGAAGAGUGCAUUGUUAUUGGUGUUCACUUUCCUCGUUUUCACAAGUGUCCAUGCGGAUAGACCACCCCAUCAACUGGUUAGUGGCUUGGCAAACAUGUUUUCCAUCGAUACGAGGGAAGUCGAAAAGUGUAUAGAUAAAAUGAGAACGACACCAAAUGAUUUUACACUAUUGGAUGACGCGAUGACCGAAGAUUCUGCGGAGAUUAAUAAAGACAGUUUGAGACGAGCCAGUUGCACCGCGGUUUGUUGUGCUCAGAAGCAAGGAACGAUGACAGGUGCUAAGAUGGAGAUACCAACUAUUCAUAAACUGAUUCAAGAAUCCGGAAUGCCACCGAAAAUGAAACGUGCAGUCCAUACGACUGUAGAUCAGUGCCACGAUAUAGUGAAAGAUAUUACUGAUGAAUGCGAAUUGGGAUACCGUUUCGUUAAGUGCACAAUAAUAAAAAUGUAGGCAGAUCAAUUUAAAUAAAUAAAAGGAUACUAUAUAGAAAACUGUAGGAAAAUUCUAAUAAACCAUAUUAAAAUUAUAA